UUCCCUUGAUAGAAUAGCAUAAAAGCAAUUGUGGAAAGGGAGUUACAGCAUUUUAACCUCUAAAGAUUGCACUUUUAUUUUCCAUUUUACUGAUUAGUCUUGUUUCUCUAAUAGCUGUCUGGCUAAUUUUAUCAUUGUUUACACAGUUUUCCUUAGAAAACCCUAGGGGCUUCCUGAAGAACUGGCAGAAUUAGGACACCAAGAUACAGUGAAAGCAAUGCUUGAUUAUCAGAUCGUGUUUUUCAUACUUCUGGUUUUUAAAUUCAAUUCCACUCACCCAAAGGAAAUCCUCUUUCUGGCAGGUGACCUGCUGGCCCUAUCAGCAGAAGUUCAACAAUGGCCAUCACUGACAUCCUUUCUGCUAAAGAUAUUGAAUCUGCACUCUCCAGCUGCCAGGCUGAUGAUUCCUUCAACUACAAGUCUUUCUUCUCCACGGUUGGUUUAACCAGCAAAUCUCCUGAUCAGAUAAAGAAAGUUUUUGGAAUCCUUGAUCAGGACAAGAGUGGUUUCAUCGAAGAAGAAGAGCUUCAGCUGUUUCUGAAGAAUUUCUCUUCAAGUGCCAGAGUCCUCACCUCUGCGGAGACCAAGGCUUUUCUGGCUGCAGGUGACACUGAUGGUGAUGGCAAAAUUGGAGUGGAAGAAUUCCAAUCUCUGGUGAAGGCAUAAACAGCAUUAGACCAAAGGCAAUCUUGGACUGACUCUUCCAAUUACCUCUUCCAACAAGCACUCCGCACUCAGCAUGUGUUUGUACAUUGUUAUAUUGUUUCAGGAGUAAACAAUUCCCCAUACAUCAAGUUCAGACACCGGAUUGCUGAGAAAUCUUGCAAUGUACAGAUGUUUUGGUCAUGUGGUAUUGUUACAUUUCCAUUGUAAAGAAGGGACUUUGUGAUUUUCCGCCACUCAUAAUGCUGAAAUUGUGGCUGGUAGAGGGGAGGAAAAAGAAAAAAAUUUAACCCACAACCUGGGGGGGAAAAGCUGCUUUUAAAACUUUGUUUAGGUUUUCCAUCCUCAUACUUGACCAUGCUGACUUGCCAGACCUGUAUCUGGUGAUGAUCUUAAACAAUAUGACAUCUUUUAAGGCUUAAUUGUAUUGAUUUAAUUAAGUUUUAUUUCUGCUUAAUUCUCUGAUUCUUGAGGAAAAGCAAUACUAACAAGAUACCUAAAAAUAAUUUAUAUUAUGUUCCAACCCUGAGAAUAUGAGAAAAAAAUUUAAGAGGAGUUGACACAUAGCUCAAAACAUAGAAUAAGUUUGUGGGUAAUUUUACAAAAUGAAGUACUAGGCUACAGCAUGUAUCAUCAGAAAGUGUUUACGGCCUAAAAUGUAACUCUCCCUUAAGAAGAUUUAUCUUUCAUGAAAUCUAAGACAGCUGUGAGAUAGAGGAGAAGGGUCUAAUCCCAACUCUGACACUGUCACAAGUCACAGUCCCCUGACAACAUGGGCCACAGGCCUGGAGGUUUUUCUGUGAAUCAUGAACAUGUUGCUUAUUAUCUCUUAAUAAUGUACAAAACAAUAAUACUUUGCCACAUUUGUAAAUUUCUGUCUUUCCUACAGACAACAAACCAGCCAAUCUUGCUGCUUGAUUACCUUAAAGUUCUGUUACAUUGCUAACUGAUGGCUAGUGCUCCAUUCUUUCAUUUAUUAUAUGAAUAAUCAUCUAUAUAAUCCAUAAUAUUAGCAAUUUUCUCAAGUCUGAAAAUUACUGAGAACUAGUCUUUCCUUUGAUAAGUGUCUUACAGGAUUUAGAGCUAGUUAUAGCAUUGUCUUCAUUAAUGGACCAAGUAAAUAAUGUUCAUGGUUAAAUCCAGAGCUCAAUAGACUGAGUAGAUGUUGUGCACUUCUAGCUGAGUGGGUUGGAAAUUUCCCCACCAACAUUUAGUUUUCUUCUUUCCCAUCUACCAUGACGUUUUUCCAGCUCACAAGUAGACUGUCAUUUUAAUACUCUGCUGAAACUAGAUGAUAAUUAUAACAUAAUUUGGCAGCUGUUUUGAAGAAGAACAGAAACAAAGCCUUCUGGAACUUUUAUGUAACAUUCAAUGUUGGCAUUUCCAUGAAUUGUGAGAUGAUUAUGUGAGGCAAGUACAGCUCACUCAUACCCAGGCAUGUAAGAGAACUGUUUGGCAGAUUUAAGAUGGCUAAUGCAAAAGAGGAAUUCUAGCAAUCAGACUCACUGAAGCCUUGGCAGAGUUAUAAUGAAUAUAAAUCCUAAUUCUAUCCACAUCGCCUUUGAUGUAAAAUCUGGGCUUAAAUUAUAGCUGCUGUUAACUGCAGCACUGAAAUAUUUUGCAUAAUGAUGAGAUUCUGUGGUUCCUUUUACCUUAUUUGUUUUCCUAUCUGCUGAAGAAAAAAACCCAGACAAUCCAGAUCUGCAGCAAUAUACAGAUGUAAUAUAUACAUUAGCUCUUCACACUACUAAUCACUAAAAUAUCCGGUCACUAGUUCACAAGCAGAUGGCACACACAAUACCAUAAGUGACAGACCUGAUACUGCAUUCCUUGCACAUCUGAAAGUCUCAUGUGGAAUGCAAGAAAUGCAAGACUACAUAGUGGCCUAUCCUGUAUUACAGAGAUGCUAAGCAACUGCGCAUCACUGCCUUCUGUUGCCACAAGGGGGAAUUAAGUACUUCUGAGAAUCAGUCAAUUCCUGUGUAGGUUGCAACUUUAUGUAAAACUCAGAGAAUUUUGUUUAUGAGAAAAUCUGUUCUUCUUAAACACUAACUCGUGGCAAGAAGAUGAGUUUUAAAUCUUAUGAAAACCGUCCAGCCAUUUCAUUAGAAGGAAUGACAAAAAAUUCAAAAAAGACCCCAAUUU